CUGGGCUGUUUUUCACAACUGACGUGGUCCCCCGAGGCUGUAGGAAUGACCGAGGUGGGACUUAGCAGCCGCCAGCUUCUGUCCCCUGCAGGGAGGGAAACAGCUUCCUUCAGAGCUUCUCCGAGAGAGGCAGCUGCCGCUAGGGAAGCUUCUUUCAGCACCGCUGAGGUUAUUUUCAGAGGUUUGGAAGGACUCUGUGUGAAUUUCUUUGGAAUCUAGUAGGAGUGUGGGGACCUUCUGGUGUUUCGCAGCCAGUGGAAGGUGCCUUGGAUGUUUCUCGGAGCCUCUUGCUUGGAACGAGUGCAUUGGUGUGGGUGGGGAGGUGGAGGGGGUUGAACUGACUUCCCCGUCUCCUGUUUGGAGGCUGAUGGAGCUAGACCAGGGAUGUGUAAACCUGUGGACAGGGGCAGUGCACAGACCAAAAUAGCUCUGCCUGUGCAGAGAGGGGGCGCCUUCAAAUGCUGCUUGGGGAACAUUUCUGCUUGAAUGGGCCAGCUGAGGUAAAGCCAAGCUAAUGCUUAGCUACUCGGAAUCACUUCACUUCCAUGCAGUGGGACUCUAAACAGAUACAGCUUUCCUCUUAGAUGUUCAAAAAAUAACUAAAGAAGCCACUGCCUCACUGACUGUGCAGUAUCUCUUUUUCCAUUGACUUGCUUUUCAAGAAGGUACCUAGAUUGUGGGUGCAGGAGGUGCUGACUGGAGCCGUUGACUCUGGGCACCUGCCUGUCUCUGUGUUCAGGAUAUUCACAGUGCUGUUUUUUUGUUUUUUGGGUUUUUUUUUUUUUUUCCACCAGACUGGCACGGCUUGGCGUUCCAAUCCUUGGGUUGCUUGGAGAAAUUAACAGCUUCUGUCGCUGGGCUGUCUCGGUCUCCUGUAACCACGAUGUUUUUGCAGAGAGCGUAUUUUGUUGUUCUUGCAGAGUGCUGGGAAUGAAUUGCUGGCUCUGUGCUCAGAAAAAACACCAGCUAUGACCAGCUACAAGGCAUCUUGUAUUCUCAGAAAAUGUUUUCAGCAGGGAUGAUGUCAGCUGCUUCAUCACUGGCCGAUGUCUCUGACCAGCCUCUUUCCUUGCCCCUUGAGCUUACAUCAUACAGAGAUUAGCUCUCCUAGCCCCAUUCGGUGUGGGAAGAUGGGAAUUUUGCUACUACAGGAAUUUUUGUAACUCAACUCUGCUCGCGCCGCCAUAAGGCAUUCUAACUUAGCCAAACACUUUCGAGUAGAGCUGUCCAGCAGAUGCAGCAGGAUGGCUUUGCAAGAGUCGGAGUUUUGGCGUUAGACCUAGGUUCAGAGCUCAGAUCCACUUCUUCCUAGCCUUACAACUUAGGAGCACUCCGCUGGUCCAGGCGGCAACAUGUCCAUGCUUUUAGUGAUGUCCCUGCCUCUAAUCCAGAAGCCAUGGAGGAGAUAAGGUAGCCCCCCUCGAUCGGAUGGGGAAGCCCAGUUCAAUGGAUACUAAAUUCAAGGAUGACUUAUUUCGGAAGUACGUGCAGUUCCAUGAGAGCAAAGUGGAUACCACCACCAGCAGGCAGCGGUCUGGCAGCGAUGAGUGCCUGCGGGUGGCAGCCUCAACCCUGCUCAGCCUGCACAAGGUGGAUCCCUUUUAUCGAUUCCGGCUGAUCCAGUUCUACGAGGUGGUGGAGAGCUCCUUGCGCUCGCUCAGAUCCUCCAGCCUGCGGGCUCUGCACGGCGCUUUCAGCAUGCUGGAGACGGUGGGCAUCAACCUCUUCCUCUACCCAUGGAAGAAGGAAUUCAGAAGCAUCAAGACCUACACGGGCCCUUUUGUUUAUUAUGUCAAGUCGACAUUACUGGAAGAGGACAUCCGAGCCAUCCUGAGCUGCAUGGGCUACGCACCUGAGCUGGGCACUGCAUACAAGCUCAGAGAGCUCGUGGAGAUCCUCCAAGUGAAGAUGGUCUCCUUUGAGCUCUUUCUGGCCAAAGUCGAGUGUGAGCAGAUGCUAGAAAUCCACUCACAAGUGAAGGACAAGGGCUACUCCGAGCUGGACAUUGUGAGCGAGCGCAAGAGCAGUGCAGAGGAUGUGCGCGGCUGCUCGGACGCCCUGCGGCGGCGGGCGGAGGGCCGGGAGCACCUGACGGCCUCAAUGUCACGAGUGGCACUCCAGAAGUCGGCCAGCGAGCGGGCGGCCAAGGACUACUACAAGCCCCGCGUGACCAAGCCCUCGAGGUCAGUGGAUGCCUAUGACAGCUACUGGGAGAGCCGGAAGCCACCCCUGAAGGCCUCAUUGAGUCUUCGGAAGGAGCCUGUGGCAACGGAUGUGGGGGACGACCUCAAGGAUGAGAUCAUCCGCCCAUCCCCUUCGCUGCUGACCAUGGCCAGCUCCCCCCACGGCAGCCCGGAUGCGCUUCCACCCGCCUCCCCCAGCAACGGUCCGGGCCUGCUGCGCGGUACCUACUUCUCCACUCAGGAUGACGUGGAUCUGUACACAGACUCCGAACCCAGGGCCGCCUACCGUCGGCAGGAUGCUCUGCGGCCGGAUGUGUGGCUGCUCAGAAACGAUGCCCACUCCCUCUACCACAAGCGCUCGCCCCCUGCCAAAGAGUCCGCCCUCUCCAAGUGCCAAAGCUGCGGGCUGUCCUGCAGCUCCUCCCUCUGCCAGCGCUGUGACAGCCUGCUCACCUGUCCUCCAGCUUCCAAGCCCAGCGCCUUCCCCAGCAAGGCCUCCACUCAUGACAGCCUGGCCCACGGGGCAUCUCUGCGGGAGAAGUACCCAGGCCAGACUCAGGGCCUCGACCGCCUCCCGCACCUUCACUCCAAAUCCAAGCCCUCCACCACGCCCACUUCCCGCUGUGGCUUCUGCAACCGCCCAGGCGCCACCAACACCUGCACCCAGUGUUCAAAAGUCUCGUGUGACGCCUGCCUCAGCGCUUACCAUUAUGACCCCUGCUACAAAAAGAGUGAGCUGCACAAGUUCAUGCCCAACAACCAGCUGAACUACAAGUCCACCCAGCUCUCCCAUCUCGUGUACAGAUAGACCGGCCUCGCCCCUUCCAGCUCCAAGGGCUACAUCAACCGACCUUUCGGGUUUCACAGUGAAGAAGUACUAACGCAUUGAUCUCAGAGGCGGAGGCCUGCACUUGACCAUGUAGGUGGCAGAGAUCGUGGGCUGGCUGUGUCCACGUGGGAGUUCACUUAGCGACUCAGAUGUCUCAACCAAUGGCUGCUUUGUUGUCUGACAAGGGAGAAGGUGGCACUUCCGUUCAGAUUCAUUUUGCUAAUCUCUCCACUCCCUGUUCAGUUGGUUCUUUUUUGGGGUUUGGUUUUGUUUUGUUGUUUUGUUUUUUCCCUUAAAGAGGAAGAGGAUUUCUGUCUCUGGGACCCUCGCCGCACCUACCCCUCCCAUUGCAAAGCCAACUUGGACUGGGAAGGGCCCUUCAGGUCACCAAACAUCCACCUGGAGCGGCGAGCUAGAGGCCUGUUGGCUUGUGAAAUGAGCCCUCCUGCCACACGGGGCCUCUCCCAAAGGCUCAUCCCUUGGCCGCCCCCUUCCUAAACACAAGGAUACCCAGCUGGACUCCCCACCCCCUGGCUUUCCCACCUCUCCAGGUGUCAAAGGUGAACCAAGUCCAGUAUUAGCUGAAUGUCAUUUCGUACACCACAGCUCAGUCAGCCCAUGGCCUUCGUGAACUUUGCUCCAACACACUGAUGUGUGGGCUUCCCACAGCAGGACUGACUUCCCCCUUUCUGUUGUUUGCACAUGCCCCUCUUACUGUACUGUCAAUAGAUAUUUUUGAGAUUUAUUUUUAAAUAAAUAUUCAACUUGC